CUCGGAGCUCCGGGGACGGAUCUCAGUGUUACACCCGGGCGGCAAGAUGGCGGCGCUGGGCGAGUGCGCGCGGCGGUUGGAGCGCGCGGUGGAGCGGCCGGAGCUGUUGCUCAGUGUACAGGAUGGCUUGGCGUCUGACUUCACUGUUCUCACUAAGGAGCUGUACGAUUUUCAGAAGGCGCAAGAGCCAGAGUCUACUGCUGGAAGCCCGCUGAAGGAGCUGGUGGUAGAACAGUUUGAUGAGGAGCAGAUCUGGCAGGAGAUUGAACUGCAGAACAAUUCGGUCUUAAACUGUUUCAAGGAUACAGUGGCUUUUUUACUUCAGGACACUCUUAUCAGACUGAUUGAUACAGGAGAUGUGGAGAUUGAAGCUCCUGAGGAAGAGUUCCAAAAUAACGAGUCUGCAGAAGCAGAUGGUGAGAUUGGGGAGGGGAGUGAUGGGGAGGAGGAAGAGUCAAAAAAGCAGACAGUGGAAAGGGAACGUGUUCAAACAGAAAAUCCUAGUGAUGAAGAUUCUGACCUCAACUUUGAUAUUGAUGAAGUUGAGAAAAGGACUAAACUCCAGAGAAAGAGCCCAAGGUUUGCCAGUAGCUCAGAACUAGACGAUAAAUUCUUUAGACUUUCGGAAAUGGAAGAUUUUUUGAAGAAAGUUGAGAAGCAAGAAGAGAAGCAGAAAGAUGAUGAUGAUGAAGAAAUAGAUUAUUUUGAAGAUAUUCCCUCUGAAGAUGAAGAACUUGUCCUGAAAACAAAGACUAAAAUAAAGACCAAGAGUUCCAGGAACCUGCAGUACAAGGAUUUCUUCAACCCAGACAUGGAUGAGGAACCUAUAGAAGAAGAUGGCGAUGAGGAGAAAGAAAGCAUUGAGGCAGAAGGGGAACCAGAGCCAGAAAAAUUUGAGGAGGGGGAAGAAAUCGAUGAAGACCAGGAGGAGGAGAUGGCUGAAUCUGAGAGUAGCCUAGAGGCCAAGAGGGCCCACAAGAAAGUUAGUUUUAACCUGUCAGAUGACAGUGAUGUGGAAGAAUUGGCCAAUGAGAUAGGAGGAAAGAAGCCAGAAGAGGCAAAAUCAGUCUUCGAAAAACGCCAAGAAAAGCUAAACACACAAAUCCAGCAGCUGGAGAAAUCUGCCUUGGAACAGAAGCCUUGGCAGCUCCUGGGAGAGGUCAGUGCCCAGAAACGACCAGAGAAUAGCCUGCUGGAGGAGGACCUCCUGUUUGACAAUGCAGUCAGGAAGGCUCCUGUCAUCACUGAGGAGACAACACUUCAACUAGAGGAUGUUAUUAUGCAGAGGAUUAAAGACCAGGCCUGGGACGAUGUUGUACGUAAAGAAAAACCAAAAGAUGAGAUCUUUGAAUACAAAAAGCGACUUACCUUGGACCAUGAGAAAAGCAAGCUGAGUCUGGCUGAAGUCUACGAGCAAGAAUAUUUAAAGCAAACUCAGCAAAAGUCUGAAGCAGAGGAAAACCUGCAGCAUGCUGAGAUCCAGAAGUCGAUGGAUUCCCUUUUCCUUAAACUAGAUGCACUCUCAAACUUCCAGUUCACACCAAAACCGCCUGUGCCUGAAGUGAAGGUGGUCUCUAACCUGCCAUCCAUUAGUAUGGAGGAAGUGGCACCAGUGAAUGUCAGUGAUGCCACUCUACUGGCGCCAGAAGAAGUCAAGGAGAAGGGUCGAGCUGGGGACCUCCAAGGAGACACCGAAAAGACAGCAACAGACAAGAAACGGGAAAGAAGGAAGAAGAAAAAACUGAAACGUCUCCGAUUACGAGAGAAGGAGGCUCGUCAGAAAGUAUUGGAGAAGCUGAAUGUGAAGCUGAGUAAUAAACAAGUGAAGGAAAAGAAUGCUGAAAAAGUGAGGAAAUUGACCCAGGAAGGAAAGGCGAUGCUGCUGAAGGAUGAAGGGAAAGACAAAACUCUACGCUCGUCAAAGGCCUUUUUCUCCCAGUUACAAGACCAAGUGAAAGCUGAGUUGAAAGGAGCCAAGAUCGGAGCCAAGAAGCAGAACAAACACAGAGAGCUUUCAGCAAGCAAGCUGAAACUUUAAUACAGCUCCUUUAUCUCUUCUACAGAUUGACCCAUCUGUUUCCUGUACUUAUUUAAAACAUGGCUUUUUCCUAAUAAAAUACUGAGUUUAUUCUA